CCACACACUCACACCAUCACAUAUAGGUAUAUAGGUCCAUCAAAACAAAUUUACCGUUGUGUCGUGACUGCAGUUUAUUUUUAUUUACAUCGCAUCGAAUACUGCGCAUUCGGAACUUAAAAGUGUUGUGUAAAGUAACGAAGUUACAAUUAUUAAUUUGUUGUUUAAUUUUAAAACGCUUACUACGAUAUAAUGGAUAAAAAUAAAACAACUCCAUUUAAAAAUAAUCAUUUUAUAACACUUGUAAUUAGUGUAAUAGCCAUUCCUCUGUCCAUGUCGAUGUGGAUUAUCAAUAUUAUCUAUUCUAAAUUACUAGGCCAAAACGAAGGAUUAGAUGAGCCUAUUGUGAUAUCACCUGCUAGAUGGUUGGCGGCUUGUUUUAUACCAUUGCUAAUAUGUGUAUAUGGAUAUAAAAAGAAGACGCUCAAUUUAAGUGGAGCACUUUUAGCUUUUGUUGUUGGAUUUGUCCUAACGUUGGCCAAUUUAUGUUUCUUUGCCGAUUUGCUCAUAUUUUUCUUUACAUCUUCAAGAGCAACAAAAGUCAAGGGUCAUUUGAAAAAGAAAAUAGAAGAAGACUUUAAAGAAGGUGGUCAAAGAAAUUGGAUUCAAGUCCUUUGCAAUGGGGGAAUGGCUACUCAACUAAGCUUGUUGUAUUUAUUAGAUGUUGGUGCCUCAGAGAGGCCAAUAAAUUUCAUGAAAGAUUACAGGGCAUCUUGGUUGUCUUUGGGUGUUAUGGGUGUCCUUGCAUGUUGCAAUGGUGAUACAUGGGCCUCUGAGUUGGGCACAGUUUUUGGCAAAGGCGACCCUGUUCUUAUAACAACUUGGAAGAGAGUGCCAAAAGGAACAAAUGGAGGAAUAAGCCUCAAUGGAACACUUUUCAGUACUCUAGGAGGCCUUGUCAUUGGAAUAGCGCAUUAUUUGACUGUGCUCUAUUUUUCAGACUCUAGUCUUUGGUCGUAUGCCCCUCCACAGUGGCCUAUUAUUUUGUUAGGUGCUUAUGCAGGAUUUUUUGGCAGCUUAAUAGAUUCUAUAUUGGGAGCAACUUUGCAAUAUUCAGGUGUGGAUAAAAAUGGUAAAAUUGUAUCACAUUCAAAGCAUGCUGUGAAGCAUAUCAGUGGAAUAAAUAUCCUUGACAAUCACAGUGUUAAUCUUAUAUCAACAAUUGUCAUGGGAAUACUUUUACCAACAGUUAGUAAAACUGUUUGGCCUACUUUUUAAUAUUUUAAGACUGAUUACAAUCAAGUAGUUUAACAUUUAGAACAAUAAAAAGGUUUUGGCGCGCUAUAGUUGUGAGAUGAAAC